AUGUCCACCCCAGCGCCCCCAACACCAGGCAUACCCGCCACCCCCAGCAUCCUCCAGCAGGUCUCCGCCGCCUUCCACUUCCCUUCCACCACCCCACUCACCGAACACCAACUCCACAUCCUGCACACCGUCCACCAGCACCUCCCCGUCAUCAACCACAUGCGCCGCGGCUUCGCCGCCAUGUCCCGCCCCCCCACCACCCCGACGCCCACCCUCACUGCGCCGCCCCACCCGCGCGUCCUCUGGGCGCGCAAGCUCGCCAUCUCGCUCUCAAACAUCCAGAUCGCGCUGUGCGGCUUCUGCAUGUUCCGCGAGGACAAGAGCGGCGGCGACGUGGGGCUGCUCGUCGAGAUCCUGGAGCCCGUCAAGGUGUGGCUGGACGUGCUGGUGGGGCGCUACCAGGAGAUGCAGGCCGAGAUGGGCGUGGAAAGGACGCAGGUGUUUAGUUUCGCGGUGACGGGGACGGAGGCGCAUCUGAGGGCUGUUAUGAGGGUGGCCGGGUGCUGGUGGGAGGAUGUGUAUUUGGCGGGGAGGGGGGUGAGGGGGGUGGGUGCGGGGGCGCUGGCGGAUGGGAGGGCGGUGAAGGAGGAGAGUGUUGUGUCUGAUGAUAGGACGGUGAAGGCGGAGAGUGUUGUGUCUGAUGAUAGGACGGUGGUGGAGGGGAGUGCGGUGUCUGACGAUAGGACGGUGUCGGAGAGCAGUGCUGGGGUUGAGACGCGCGGUGGGAGCGUGUGGAGUGCGGGGGCUGAGACGGGCAGUGUGACUACGGGCUGUGGAGAACACGGCAAGAAUGUUUCGGCUGCGGGCAGUAGUGCGGGAGGCCGUCGCAGUGCGUCGACUGCGGGCAACGCACACAAUGAUCACAAUGCGUCGACCAGAAGCAGCCCAGAGCACGAUAAUACAGUUGUGAUGACGGAAAGCAGCCCAGAGCCCGAUCGGGACACGGCUAGCUUCACUACAGGCGGUGCAGAGACGGAGGCGGACACAUGGAGCUGGGCCACAGGCAGUGCGGAGCCUGAGGAGCCCGAGCCGGAGACCGAGGAGGACCCGUGGAGUGAGUCGGCCUCUGAUUGUUAA